UAGAAGGAUGGGAGGCAGUAUUCACAGAAGAACAGAACAAUAUUCACACACAGCCUCCACCCCUAGCACAUCUGACUCCAUUUAGUCCCCUCCUCUGGGAGGAGGCUGAGGUCUGGGAAUAAAAUCAGAACAGACACCAGAGGAGCCCAGCUUGGCAGCAGCUUCAGAGUCAAACCUCCUCUCCAGAGGAAGAGCCUAGGCCAUAAUAGAGACCAUGGAACUCACCUCAGCCCCUCUCCACAAAGAACAGGUCUCCUGGAGAGGACUCCUGCUCACAGUCUCUCUUUUAAACUACUGGACCUCUCCCACAGCUGCCCAGGAAUUCAGUCUUGUAGCAGUUCCACCUAAUGCUGCUGUAGGGACUAACGUUUUACUAAAUGUCAUAAAUAAACCGGACCAUAGACUCUGCAGCUGGUACGAGAAAGAAAAAUUUGAGAUGCACGUGAUGGGCACCACUGAUGAAUAUAGCACUACUAUAAAUGGCCUUCUAUACCUAGAUAAAGUGGACAUGCAGCGAAAUUGCUCCAUACUCAUCAAGAAUGUCAAUAAGGAUGAUUCAGGAAUUUAUAAGAUAAAAUUGUGGAAAUGGGAUUUUGACAUAGUUGUAGACAGCGUGGAGUUUCAUGUAUACUAUCCAGUGACUAAACCCUCCAUCCAAGUCAACCAAACCAUAGGCAACGACCUUGUCUCUGUGUUCCUGAAUUGCCCGACAAAUGACAAUGAUAACUCCAUUCAGUGGUUCGUCAAAGGCCAGAGUAUGAAUAACAUGAAUAGGAUGAGACUGGCCCAGAACAACAGAACCCUCGAAAUAAUCCCUGCCAGGAGGGAGGAUUCCGGGGACUAUCACUGUCAUGUAUCUAAUCCACUCGGUUCCAUGAGAAGUGACCCCAUCCAGCUGGACAUAAUAG